CAUCAGAACCCAUGGUGCACUGGAGGACCCGGGUUUUCUACCCUUCUGCCACCCUGACUGGAUCCUGGGCACUGGCUGGGGUCUGGUCGACUCGGAGAUGGGCUGGGUUGGGUGGUAUCCACUCAGCUCGGCUCAACCUCAGGCCCUGAGAAGUCCAGGUGCCAGUCUCAAAUUGAGCCUUUCAUUGGCUUUCUCUCUGCCCUUCCCCGCCCUCCUGACCUCUGCCCCUUUUGUCGAGCUGUCUGAUUGGUUGUCCCUGGUCCCCGGGGCGUCUCAUUGGUGGUUCUUCCUCGCCCUGCAUCCCUGCUCUUGCACUGGUCUCCAUCUCCCAGCAGAAGGCGCAGCCAUGAAUCCGUUAUUUGGCCCCAACCUCUUCCUCCUACAGCAGGAGCAGCAGGGCCUGGCGGGGCCGCUGGGUGACCCUCUGGGAAGUGACCACUUCUCUGGGGGAGGAGACGUGUCUCCGUCGCCGCUCGCCCCACCGGGCCCACCUCCCUACUCGCCGCCGGGGUCCGGCCCAGCACCCCCUGCCGCCAUGGCCCUCCGCAACGACCUGGGCUCCAACAUCAAUGUGCUUAAGACACUGAACCUCCGCUUCCGUUGCUUCCUGGCCAAGGUGCACGAGCUGGAGCGCCGCAACCGGCUGCUGGAGAAGCAGCUGCAGCAGGCGCUGGAGGAGGGUAAGCAGGGCCGGCGGGGCCUGGCUCGCCGCGACCAGGCGGUGCAGACCGGCUUCGUCAGCCCUAUCCGGCCCCUGGGGCUGCCCCUGGGCUCCCGGCCGGCCGCCGUCUGCACCCCGUCGGCGCGGGUGCUGGGCUCGCCCGUGCGCUCUCCGGCUGGCCCCCUCGCGCCCUCCGCCUCCUGCCACUCGUCGCCCUCCACCUCUACCUCCGCUGCCUUCUCGUCGGCCCGCUUCAUGCCCGGCACCAUCUGGUCCUUCUCUCACGCCCGCCGGCUCGGGCCGGGACUGGAGCCCACGCUAGUGCAAGGGCCUGGCCUCUCGUGGGUGCACCCCGACGGGGUGGGCGUCCAGAUCGACACUAUCACCCCCGAGAUCCGCGCGCUCUACAACGUACUGGCCAAAGUGAAGCGCGAGCGGGACGAGUACAAGCGGAGGUGGGAAGAGGAGUACACGGUGCGGAUGCAGCUGCAGCAGCGGGUGAAUGAGCUCCAGGAGGAAGCCCAGGAGGCUGACGCCUGCCAAGAGGAGCUGGCGAUGAAGGUGGAGCAGUUGAAAGCUGAGCUAGUCGUCUUCAAGGGGCUCAUGAGCAAUAACCUGACAGAGCUAGACACGAAGAUCCAGGAGAAGGCCAUGAAGGUGGACAUGGACAUCUGCCGCCGCAUCGACAUCACGGCCAAACUCUGCGACGUGGCACAGCAGCGCAACUGUGAGGACGUGAUCCAGAUGUUCCAGGUGAGGCCAGGGGCAGGCCGCCCUGUGGCCCACUCCUCCUGGUGCCUCAGGCCCGAUGGGGAUGAGGAGGAGAGCGCAGCCCUCAGCAUCAACGAGGAGAUGCAGCGUAUGCUCAACCAGCUGAGGGAGUAUGAUUUUGAGGACGACUGUGACAGCCUGACGUGGGAGGAGACUGAGGAGACCCUGCUGCUUUGGGAGGAUUUCUCAGGCUAUGCCAUGGCAGCCGCAGAGGCCCCGGGAGAGCAGGAAGACAGCUUGGAGAAGGUGAUUAAGGAUACGGAGUCUCUGUUCAAAACCCGAGAGAAAGAAUAUCAGGAAACCAUUGACCAGAUAGAGCUGGAACUGGCCACGGCCAAGAAUGACAUGAACCGGCACCUGCACGAGUACAUGGAGAUGUGCAGCAUGAAACGGGGCUUGGACGUGCAGAUGGAGACCUGCCGCCGGCUCAUCACUCAGUCUGGAGACCGAAAGUCUCCUGCUUUCACUGCGGUCCCACUUAGUGAGCCACCACCACCGCCAAGCGAGACUGAGGACUCCGAUCGCGAUGUCUCAUCUGAUAGCUCCAUGAGAUAGGGACCUGCCUUGGGCUUCUGUGGGGACCCACCCUUAUGGGAAUGCACCUCAGAAGGGAAGCUUCAUUUGUCCUGCUGUACCAAGUCUGACCCCUGGGGACAGGGCCUCUUCCUCCCUCGGGCGCCCUCCCUUGGUCCUUGGCCUCUCCAGGGUUCUAGGGUAUCUGAAGCGAAGCUUGGCCUGCCCUUCCUGGGCGACUCCCACCACAGCUGGGGCUCUCUUGCCUCCAUGCGUGGGUGUCAGCUACUCUCCAUCUUAUAAAUGCUGCCAGCGCAAUUGUGGCCCCGUAACUUGUCUACUGAGUAACGAAUGUGAUUGUCAGAUCCUCCUUCCACUCCUGUGACCUAGAGUCAGCCAGCUCAUGUCUGUGACUCUGUACUGGUGCCAACUGGCCCAGGCACAGGUAUGACAUGGGUUAGUUCUGUGGCUUACACAGCAGAUGCAGUGGGAGAGCUUUCCCUCCAUGUUGUAGGUGGAGGGAAACGGGACUGGCCAGGGUGCUGUCCUCCCUCCGCUGAGUGCUCCAGUCACCUGCCUGUGGACAGCAGUGAUGUGGCUGUGAUCCCUCCCUUGUGGAAGUGCCAUGCAUCGAAGGGGCCUCAGUGCCCCUAGUCUUGGAGGCUUCUGGGUCUGACUCAGUGCAGCAUCGUGGAGACAGGAGCACUUGCUUAUCCCGUCACUGCUGAGUGACACAGAAAAGUGAAGCUACUUGUGUGUGCACGUGGGUGCGUUCGUAUUACAUAUCAACUGAAGAUGUGCCUCAUCUGUGUCAUACACUGAGACCAACAGGCUAAGAUGUCCCAAACUUGUAAAACCUUGGGAGAAAUUGGGGAGAUGAGAUUGAGACCUCAGCAUAACUGCCUGGAGGAGGCUGUGCUGAGCUGAUAUUUGAAUGGAAUCUUUAUUAAGAAUGAAACUGGCAAGUAUUUAUUGAACACUUGUGUCACUGUUUCAAGCACUGUGUUGGUAGCUACACAAUCCUCUCCAUGAGGCAUGUAGUAGUUUUCCCAU